UUUUUGUCGUUCCUUUUCGCGGUAAUUUUGCCGAAUCGUCAGGAGUUACUUGUUUCAAGUGGCCGCAGCGAACAGAAUCUAUCCAGGACAAGCAUGACCGGAUGAUUCUGCACUACGGCGACAUGACCGACAGCAGUUACCUGGUGCAUUUCGGCCGUCCGCCCGACGAAGAUCUACAACUUGGCCGAGCAAAGUCACGUCAUGGUUUCGUUCGACUUGAGCGAAUACAUGGCCGAAGCGGACGCCGCGGGGACGCUCCGGCUGCUGGAUGUCAUCCAGACGUGCGGGUUGGAGUACGGGAAGGUCCUCGAAAUGCCGCAGAGCGAAAAAAAACUCCGUUCAACCACGAAUCGCUGUGGCGCGGGGAAAACUUCUUUCUCGGUCAGCGGAUCUGCCUAGAGCUGGGCAACCUCGUGACUGGGGCCACGCCCAGGCGAUCAUCCGUUGGCCUGAGUUCAGCUAGCCUUGCCACUGGAAGAGGGUGACCAGUUAAGAACCUGGUCAGGACGACGAAAUUAACUCCUCGCUUCGACCCAGGGCUGCCGAUCUCGCAUCGCCAACGAGGACUCACCCCAACUGUAUCAGGCAUGCGUCCCGAGUACACGCUCCUCGAUUUGAGUCUGUUGUUACGGCCUAGAUGUUUUCGAAAUGGCCGUCUUGAAGCUACCGGAUAAUGAAAACGUCGUCUGGGCCGUCGAGAAACGCGCGGACGGUCGACGCGUUCUUCAUUUUAACCUUCGUGGACGGUGCUGAGCACCGGAGACACAGACAGUGGCGCCGUCCGAGUGACCUCUACGUAGGCGUGCCCUCAUUCUAUUCCUCGCCGAGUUGCAGAAACACCAGCAACUCCUGCUAACCCACGUCCGAGCUCCCAAGUUGGAUGAGUCCACCUGGCCGGCCACACCUCUAACUCAGCACAGCGUUGCCGCCUGGAGGUCGACCGCGUUAAGCUUGGUGAACCGGCGCUACUCGGAAUGUGCCCGGCCCAGCUGAAAGAGCUCGCGCUGCGUAGCGUUGAGGAUGUUUGAGAAAAGGCGCUGCGCUUGCUGCUGGGUCGCAAGUUUGGCCAGCUCGACGGGCUAACCUUAUUGCAUAGUGUUGCAGACAGCGAUAAUGCGUGAAGCUACCCUAAUGCACUUUUAUGCUUCACGUGCCGCAGGGCUCACAAUCAACUGCCAGGCUGUUGACUUGUGAUGCUGUGAGCGCGUAGAUGGAGAAAAGUCAUCUGUCCAACGUCAUAUAUUGUCAUUGUUUAUGUUUCAUUCUCUGUAUGGUCGUCAGUAGUUAAAUACACAUUUUAAUUUGUUAGAUCUUAAAUGAUCCUUUUCUUUGUGCGUGCGCGUUAUUCCGUCAAUCCCAGACGCUGGGACUCGUGCCUCCCUCGUCCUGCGUACGAACACAAAAGUGGCGACGAGGAUUUCCUCGAUUUGGCUGGAUUGUGAGCGUUCAAUCAGUUCUAACCUCACACUUCCGGUACCCACGCGCGGGAGGAAGAUCACCAUGGAGAAGAACAGUUUCGCCAAGCCUGAUGUCGACAUUCAGUGGUUCCCGUGCUCACGCAACGCACUUGGAACUCCGACUGACCAGCUCCAUCAGAACCCGGCUGUUCCGAGACGGCCGCCGUCGCCGUUCGUUCCUCCUCCUCCCUGCCAACAUUCGCUCCCAGUAAUGCUGCAAUGUUUGUCAUCAGCUCUGCAAGUGCUGCAGCAGACAAACGAAAACUGCCGUUUGAUGUCGUCGAUCGCUGGAUUUUCGGCAGAAUGGGAAGCCCACUACAACGACCACUUUGCAGAAAAUCACGCCAGAUUGCAAGCAGAAUGUCAACAUCUUCUCGCUCAGCAGCACGCCAUCAUCGAAUCAAGAACUUCCCCUGUGAACGCGGUUCACCCAGUCGAUCAGCUCGACGCGAAGCACCACAGCACGGAGGCGCUUCCAAUGCAGAAGGGGAGGAAGGUGUACACUAAAGAUGAUGAGGACACGGUGCACGAUCGUCAGGAGCUUCCUUCCAUCAACACCAACGUGGCUAAUCAAGUGGAAGCGGACGCAACAACCGACGUCACCGAAGCAUGCGAAGAUCCCUGGCCGGGUGCCGACAUCCCAGGGCUAGCAUCACCAUCAACAACUUCCGGAACUUCAUCGUCAUCCACGAACGGUUGCAAUGACGUCAUCAACACCGGAAGCUUAACCAUCGAACUGUCUCAAGUCUCAAGUCAGCUGCACAAGCCUGUGAGCAGCCACCAUCUGCGGAACUUCAACAGUUCCCCAGCCAGCGUCCCGAAGCACGCCAACCUGUUCUGCAACGAUCAACUCAACUAUGCUGUUUUCCAAGUUCUCGUCGCCAUUGGAACAAGCAGCGCACCAAGAACAACUCCUUCGCAUCGACCCAGACUGCGGCCAAGAACUCGCUGGAAGUUGGAUAACGCCAGCUUCGUAGCGCCGAUCAUCGUCACCGGUAGAAAUGGUCCCCAUCACCGCAGCUGGUCGAUCACCUCAUCACUCUUCUUAGAUGCAAGAGUUGUUUGCUAGGCCCGAUCCCUGCCUCCGGUCUUAGCGGGGAGAUGUUGCAGACAGCGAUAAUGCGUGAAGCUACCCUAAUGCACUUUUAUGCUUCACGUGCCGCAGGGCUCACAAUCAACUGCCAGGCUGUUGACUUGUGAUGCUGUGAGCGCGUAGAUGGAGAAAAGUCAUCUGUCCAACGUCAUAUAUUGUCAUUGUUUAUGUUUCAUUCUCUGUAUGGUCGUCAGUAGUUAAAUACACAUUUUAAUUUGUUAGAUCUUAAA